AUGGCCUCUGUUCGCACUAUUGCAAGCUUGGCCCUGGCGCUCGGCGUCGCAGCUAUUCCUGCGCCCGCUCCCAUACCCGAAGCUGCGCCUGCCUUGGUCGACGACCUUUCACAACUCAAAGUCAAGGUCGCACCCUUUUCUCUUUCACUAUUGCCCCUCCAAAGCAGCAUCGCGGUCAAGGGUCCAGACGUCUCCAUAGCUCUGCCGAGCAUUGAUGUCAAGUCGGAUCAGGGUUCUCCUACGGCCAAACUUCUCCCGCGUGUGACGGCGCUUCCAAACGUGCAGCUUCCCAAGAUCCCACAGGUCUCGACCAAGCUAGAUGGGUUGUCGCUCUCAAUCACUCUACCGGAUUUGAGCAUCCCGAGUGUGGCGAUUCCGACGCUGCCUCCGAUCCAGACCCCUGCGCUUCCUAUCCUCAUGGCGACAUCACCGACGUCUCUAGGUCUGCUUCUUGCGGGGACGCCAAUUGCUCUACCGACUUCGAUACCCCGCCCUUCUACUUUUCUUCCAGAAAAGCCAACUACCUUGUUGACUCUGGUUCCCGCCCCUUCAGGAUUCCUCACCUGCGCAACCAUCCUCUGCAGAGAAGGUUAUGUCUGCCGGGAAACGGAGGGCCGGCCCGCUUGCGUUAGCAGGACUCCAUGCGGCAAUGUUUUCUGCCCGUAUGAUACUAGCUGCUGCAACGCUAGCUGUAGUGUCUGCACGCCUAAAGGUGUCAUGUGCACCCAGCAGUCCUGCGGCCACCUCCCGUCAAACUCGACUGCACCACUUAAGCCAUCUGGAGACCCGGGAAUCCGUUCUGUUCCUGUUGUCGAUGAGAGCCCGCAGUAA